UAAAAGUUCUGCAUGUUCGCCCUUUGGGUACCGCUCGCAAAGUUUCGAAUCUAGACAUUUUGCCAAGAUGUUACUCCUAUCUCUGAUGUCGACUUUCGCGGCUUCUGCUGCAGCGCAGAUCACGACUUCCAUGUGGGCACAGUUACGGUGGGACACAGACAAGAUCGGUUAUGUGGGUUCGGUCAUCGAUGUUCAAGGCGGACGCACCACAAUCGAUAUAAAGCCGGAUGAUGGUGUUCAUCAAGUGGCCCUUGGUAUACCUACCACCGCCAAGGAGAUAGUCACUAUCGCCCCAACAUAUUAUGGGGGAGUCUAUAACAACAGAGAGUGGAACGGAAAAUUCCAUACUGCUGGAGAAAUCAAGUUCGCCUGCGAGAGGAACGUCACCGAUUCUGUCGAGGCAACAUGCACAGAAUCAUACGGUGCCGCGAUGGGCAUCUUACUUCAAUGCCAGGACCUCCCCACUAGGUCUACGAAGUUCAUAAACACCGUCACGCACGACUACCCUUCGAGAGGGACUUACUCGUCAGGGUUGGAGACAGUCACCCGCACUCCAACAAUUGUGCCGAAGCCCGGUCCGCUGCCGUCUUGGUGCGCUUCUGGUACUGCUGCUGCCAGUCUAGCCGGUACAUCCGCGGAGAGCAGCACCGUGAUUUCAUACAAGAAGGAAAACUUUGGCUUCUAUCAACUUACUAUUACGGCGGGCCUGGAAAAGCUGGAAGCUACUCCGACUCCAGAUGCAUCAAGUAGUACGCCAGCGUCGCAGAACAGAGGCGCUUCUGUACCUGCGAAGACUGCCGGACCAAUUGUGGCCGGAAUGGCUGUUGCCGCAGCUUUGAUGGUGUAG